CGUUGAAGAAAUGUAAGAAACUAUUUGCAAUACUGAAACGUGAUUAUAUUCGUGGGAUUAUUAACGCGCGUGACCUAAAUCUACGUGUUAUACAGUAAUAAACAAACAAUCCGAGUACGUUAACAGUAAACGUAGCAGGAAAACGAAACUCACGCGACCCGAUUACUGCAGCCGUUAUACACCGAGCUGUCUCGAGCUGACUUCAGAUUAGCACAAAAUAAAUGCAUAGCAGAUAUACGUUAGCAUGUAACGUUAGAGGUGGAGAGCUUAGUUUUACUUCGCUAUCUUAGCAAGAGUUGUUUUAUAUAAAUGUCAGACCCCACUCCCAGGUUAAAGAAACAAACAUCAUGGCUCAGGCGUCUUCUGAGAGCUGUCUAGAGUCGGAGCUCAUCUGUCCCAUCUGUCUUCAUAUCUUUCUUGACCCAGUCACACUACCCUGUGGCCACAGUUUCUGUCUGACCUGUUUGGAAACACCCGAGAGGGAUAAAACUUCUCAAGAACUUUGUUGCCCAGUGUGUGGAGAGCAACAUCUCAGCCCAGAGUCCUUACCGAGAAAUAUUAAACUCAAAAACAUUGUUGAGAGCCACAGAGACGGAAUCAUGGUCACAACCAGAGAUGAACAUCAAUGCACUGUAGAAGACAAGGUGAUCAACAAUAGCGAAGGGUCUGUUAGGAAAGAAAACGGAAUAGAUGCUGUUGAUGAAAACUGCGAGUCUUCGGAACAAGACGCUCCUUUGGAGAACGAAUCAAAUGAACGCAGAUCUAGAUUACUUCCAAUAAUGAAAAGUGUACAUGAAAAGCUUGCUGUAGUGGAUGAUCUAGUGACUAUAGAGAAGGAAAGAGAGGCUUCGGUCAAGUCGACACAUGCUAAUUUGAGGAAAGAGGUUGGCAGUUUACUGGAGGAAAUGGUAGAUCUAGUUAAGUCCUACAGUAUUGUUGGUAUGAAGCUUCUGGAGGUCGAGUUGAAGCCCAGAGAAGAUGCUGCACAGAACAGAGUAAAAAUACUAUCAGACAUUCAGCAGCAAUUAAGGACUGCAGAACUCCAUGUCAGUACCCUGAUGAAUGAGAAUGACGACACAUUUUUAAGUGAUGAGAUCCAAAAGAUUGAGACCCAAGUUUCCAGCUUGACUCUGGAGCCAUCUGAGGAAUCUCAAAGUGAAAUGGAGUUAUUCAUCAAUUUAAAAAAAGUUUGCGUGGAAAUGGAACGUCACAAUACUCAACUCCGCCUUGGCCUUGGAUCUGUUCAGCGAGCUUUACGAGUUGUCCUCAAUCCUUCAGAGGUGACGUUUGACCCCGAGACCAUCCACCCCAACCUGCUCUUGUCCGAGGACCUUAAAACAGUGUCUUUCAGUGUAGCAAAGCAGACCUAUCCAGCCAAUUCUCAGAGGUUUUCUAGUUUCUUCCAGGCUCUGAGCUCUCAGAACUUUUUUAGAGGAGAACAUCUAUGGAGCUUGAAGGCCGAGGGUUGUCCCUGGGUUUUAGCUUUGUGUUAUGGUGGGCUUCCCCGCUCUGGUUCUGGUAGUGGACUGGAGAGCAGUGCUGGUUCUUGGUGCCUCAUGUACUGUGAUAACCUGCUGAGGGCUUAUGAAAAUGGAAAGGACACGCCACUUAGACGUACACUGUCUCUGAAGAAAGUGGAGAUACACCUCAGCUUUGGUCGCGGUACAUUAGCCUUUUAUAGCAUUAGUGAUGUGAGUGGGGAAAAAACUCAUCUUAACACGUUUACAGUGAACUUUACACAGCCUGUGUAUCUGGCUGUUAGGAUGAUGUCUGGUCAUCCCAAAGCACAUAUAACAGUAAGCUAGUGAUUUCAUAUAAGACGUAGCUACACUUACAUCUUAAAAAUUGAAUUUUGUUUUGAGAGAACAAGGCUGUGAUGGACAAACUUGCAAAGGGUUGUUUCAUUAUUCAUGUUUCAGAGAUGGUUCUCCCCCCCCAAAAAGAUGUUCCUAAUGUUCACCUUUUAUGCCUUGCUGGUUUCAAUAUUAGCCACAUUUCAACCUUAAUAAAUAUCACAUUGUUCUUGCAAUAUUUAAAUUUAUGAAAAUAAACACUUUCAUUAAUCAUAAGGUAGGUAUAUACAGCGUUGAAACAUGAAGAAGGUGAUAUUUGCACUUUGCAUUUCAAGUAAUGCUGAUGCUAAUGCUUUUCUACUAUAUUCUCUGUUUCUAAAUCAAAAUAAAAGUACC